AGCCGGUUCCCAACUGUAAGAUAAGAACAUUUAUUCUUACACACAUUUAUACACAUACAUACAUUAUACAUACACACUACACACACCUUUCUUCCCUUUUGUCUCGAAAUCACGCCUUUUACACCACUACCAACCUUAUUCUCUGUCACUCCAGCGCGCACACACACAGUCUCUCUCUCUCUCUCUCUCCAUCAAAUUAAAGAUAUUGCAAGAGAGAAACAAACCCUAAUUGGAAAGUGUGUGUUGGGGGUCCUGAUGGGCGCGUCACUGUCGAACCUAACAUCCGAUGGUUCGACUAACGGAGGGCCUGGGCUGGGUGACAUACCAGAGAGUUGCGUAGCCUGUGUGUUUUUGUAUCUCACUCCUCCCGAGAUUUGCAAUCUCGCGCGUCUCAAUCGCGCGUUUCGCGGUGCCGCUUCAUCCGACGCCGUUUGGAGUUCGAAGCUGCCUAACAAUUAUCAAGAUCUGCUUCACUUAAUGCCUCCCGAGAGGUACCAGAAUCUCUGUAAAAAGGAUAUUUAUGCUAUUCUUUCUCGUCCCGUUCCUUUUGAUGGCGGAAACAAAGAAGUAUGGUUGGAUAAGAUCAGCGGAAGAGUUUGCAUGUCAAUAUCAGCAAGAGCGUUGUCAAUAACGGGAAUCGAAGAUCGGAGAUACUGGAACUGGAUUCCAACCGAAGAAUCUAGGUUCCAGGUCAUGGCCUAUUUGCAGCAAAUAUGGUGGUUUGAAGUAGAUGGAGUGGUAAAGUUUCCUCUUCCCCCAGAUAUAUAUACUCUGUCAUAUAGGAUUCACCUUGGACGAUUUUCAAAAAGACUUGGUAGGCGCAUUUGCAAUUAUGAACACACUCAUGGAUGGGAUGUGAAACCAGUAAAAUUUGAAUUGUCUACUUCAGAUGGUCAGCAAGCAUCAAGUCAUUGUUACUUAGAUGAAAAUGAACUGGAUUACGCCGGGGGAAAUUAUAAGCGUGGACGCUGGAUAGAGUACAAGGUUGGUGAAUUUAUGGUCAGCGGUUCAGGUCUUGCUACAGAAGUAAGGUUCUCAAUGAAACAGAUAGACUGUACACAUUCCAAGGGAGGACUGUGCUUAGAUACUGUAUAUAUCGUACCCAGUAACUUGAAAUCACAAAGAAAAAGAAAUGGGAUUUUGAAAUGAUAGUCGUAUAGCAAAGGGGUAGCUGAUGUUAAAAAGUCUUGAUUGGUAUUUAACCAAAGGAAAAGAGUUUACAUUUUACACACUUGUCAUGUGAUUGGGGAAUGUCAUUUUAGUGUGGUUUUGUAGUAUGUUUUUCCUUUAUCAGUGUAAGUGUGUAACUUCUAUCAGUGUAUUUUAAAUCAGAGCUUUAUACAUAUAUGUGAUAUGUUUAGAAAUCUUGGUA